UCAAACCCAAUUAGGUCCAAAGUUGUGGGCACCGACAGGUUACCGUCUCGGAAACUCUCAAUCAGACGCAAGCGAACGGCGUGGAGGCGGCUAAUUAAAUACUGAGCAGAAGUCUCGGGGGGAGAGUGUCACGUGGGUCGUGAGGUUCGUCGAGCUUCGGAUAAAUACCGCGAGGCAUCCAGCAGGAAAAAGAGCGCGCUCCGACAUCCUCUUUCCCCGCCGCGGAGACCGAGAGUGCAGUGCGCGACGGGUGCGCUCAGACGCGUCGGAGGAAUCCCGUGGGUCUGUCCGCCGCAAAAUCCAACAUGAAAAUCCUCCUGGCCCUGGCAGUCUUUUUUCUCAUCUCCACUCAACUAUUUGCAGAAGAAAUCGGAGCCAACGAUGAUCUGAAUUAUUGGUCAGACUGGUCUGACAGCGACCAGGUCAAGGCGGAGCUGCCGGAGCCCUUUGAGCACCUUCUGCAGAGAAUCGCCCGGAGACCCAAGCCUCAGCAGUUCUUCGGAUUAAUGGGCAAACGGGAUGCUGAUUCUGCAAUUGAAAAGCAAGUGGCCCUGUUAAAGGCUCUUUAUGGACAUGGGCAGAUUUCUCAUAAAAGGCAUAAAACAGAUUCCUUUGUUGGACUAAUGGGCAAAAGAGCUUUAAAUUCUGUGGCUUUUGAACGGAGUGAAACACAGAAUUAUGAAAGAAGACGUAAAUAAACUACCUAAUGUAUUAUUUAUCAAGCUUCAUUUGUGUCAAUGGCCAAUGAAAGGUAAAAUAAGACGUGCACUAUGAGAAAUAAUUAUUUAUUUAAUAAUUGUUUUGAGUUGAAAACUCAGAAAGUGUUUAUUUUUCAUAUCACGCCGAUACAUGUUUAAAAAUGUUAUAAUUCUAAUAUAAUGCCUCCCUCUGAAGUAGAAACCAGUGGUAAUUUCUCAACAAAGCACAGUGUUGAAUGCAAUUGUAAAAACCUGUCGAUGUUAUAGUCUCCAAAGAAAGAAGACAUUUUCGUUUCUUUGAAGCAUUCAUGUCAGCUACUGCUAAAAGGGAAGGAGAUUGCCGUAUUAUCUUGUGUUUCCCCCUACUUCUUUUCAUGGUGAAAAUGUACUGCAAUUUUGGUAUCAAACUAUAUUUGUAUCCUUGCUGCAUGUUUUACAUUUUGUGACUAUAUAGGAAUGUUUUGAAAACUUAAUGAGAUUCUAAGGUCCUCAUUUCAUUGUAUGAUGUGUUGUGAGAGUUAACAUUUUAAAUAAAAGAAAAAACAUCUUGAAAA